UCUUCUCUGUCCAUUUUCUGCACUCUCUCUCUCUCUAAGAAACCUCUUGUCUCUUUCUUUUUUCUCUUUCUUUAUUUAAGAUCUCAGAGAGAGAGAGAGACAGUUGAAGAAGAUGGGUGGGAAGAGGUUUGCGGUGUUAUUGUGUGCGGAGGAUUCAGAGUACUCGAGGAAGAAGUACGGAGGGUAUUUUGGGAUUUUCGUGAGAAUGCUGGCGGAGGAAGGGGAGAGGUGGGAUGUGUACAGGGUGGCGCGUGGAGAGUUUCCGGAGGAUGAUGAGGUGGCUUUAUAUGAUGGAUUUGUCAUCACAGGAAGCUGCAAUGAUGCACAUGGCAACGACCCUUGGAUCCAUGACCUUCUCGCUCUCCUUAACAAAUUGAACACUAUGAACAAGAAAAUCCUUGGCAUUUGCUUUGGCCACCAGAUACUUGGGCGUGCAUUGGGAGGGAAGGUGAGCCGUUCUCCCACUGGUUGGGACAUCAGUGUCAGAACCAUUAACUUGUCAUCAUCUUCAUCAUUGGCUUUGUCAUCUCUCAAGUUGCCAUCAAGGCUUUCCAUAAUCGAAUGCCACCGUGAUGAGAUACGAGAGCUCCCUGCAAAAGCAGAGGUGAUUGCUUGGUCUGAAAAGACAGGAAUUGAGAUGUUUAGGUAUGGAGAUCACAUCAUGGGCAUCCAAGGCCACCCUGAAUACACAUAUGACAUCCUUUUGCACCUUAUUGAUCGUCUUAUUCAACGCAGUUUCAUCAUGGAAUCUUUUGCUGUGGAGGCAAGGGUUAAGGCAGCAUUGUGGGAGCCAGAUAAAGAGGCAUGGAAAAGACUGUGCAUUAGUUUUCUCAAGGGUCGAUUAUGACAAUUAAAGAGUAACAUGUGAUGUGAAAGAGGAAAACAAGGAAUUUUUGUAAGUGAGAAAUGAUAUUUUUAAAUAUUAAUAUGUUAGAGAAGAAGCAUAGGGAAAUCAAUGCCUGUUGCGCGAUAAUUCACAGUUUUGGAACAAUGUGUGAAGUCAAUUUGCCGGUAUUACACAAGAAUUAUCCUA